AUGGCCUCUCUCAUAGCUUCCGCCGCCUUCGCCGGGGCGCUGGCCACCAUGUGCAGGCGCCGGGCCCGGGCAUCGGCGGCGGCCCGGAGCCAUGGGAAAGGACAGUCUUCGCAUCUGGACGCUCUGAGAGAUGACAUCCGCAAUUCCGAGGAUCUUCCGUCGGAGAGGAACCUGGAGGAGGCCCAGAAGCUGGACCCGAUGAAGAACCGGAUCUUAGCCUUGAGGAUCAUUUUGGGCGUGGGAGUCGCUUUCGGGGCCUUCCAAGCUCCAUGGCAAGCUCUGCCGGUUCUCAUCGACCGGAAGAUUGCCGCGGACCCCGCCUUGCCAUUGAGCGAAAGUCAGUUGAAAAUCAGUGAAACCUUCGUUUUCGUUGGUUGGCUUCUCGGUGCAGUGGCACUGCAUCCCUUGAUGCAAAGGCUCGAUCUGAAGCAGGUGCUAGUCCUGCUUGGUGUUACUAUGCUGUUUCUCUCCGUGGCCUCGAUUACCGGGCCUUAUGUCACCAUGCUCAGCAUGACCUUGCUGUGUGGGGUGAGGCUGCUUCACGGCAUGUGCCUCAACAUCCAAGGUGUCCAGUACAUGUACAUGCAAAACUGCUUCCCGGGCUAUGGAAGCCAACUUUGCGCCAUGGUGAACACGCUCUACGCCCUGGUCGCUGUCUUGAUGGCCAUGAGCUGUGGGACUUUGACGCUUUCUUGGGACUGGCGCCCCGAGGCCUUGAUCUGGUUCGGCCUCCCCAUGGUUCUCGGCCUCUUCGUGGCCUUCCCAGAUCUGCUUCAGGUGGUCUUCUCGCUCCCUUCUGCCCUUGCAAGAAGCCCAAACACAAGCCUCAUCGGCGAUGGGGAAAGCAAGGACAAGAGCGUUCAAAGCUCUGGCUUGGAGGAGGCUGAAACCAUGAGCCGCUCCAUGUACCGGGAUUUAUGCCACCUCUCGCUUUGCUUCGCUUGCACGGUCUUCGCUUACUACGGCUUGAGCUAUUCCCCGGACUCACUCUCCACAAAUCCUUUUCUCAGCGCCUGGCUCAUCAAUGCCUCAGACAUACUUGCAUGUGUGCUGUCCAGCCGCGCCGGGGCCUUUGGCCGAAACCGAGCACAGAUUUGGGGCUUCCUUGUGGCGGGCGUGAGCCUGGUUGCCUGCGCUCUCGGCACCGUGGACAGCGUCUUUGUGAUCUCCAUGGCGAUCCUGGCGAGGGUGGCCUUGUCCGUCGUCUUUGUGACCAUCUACGUGGCCUUGGCAGAGGUCUUCCCGCCAUGGUGUCAGAAGACAGCCCUGCCUACGUGUGAGAUCAUGGCGCGGGUUGGUGGCUGCUUCUCACCAUCCGUUGGGGCUCUGCCAGUGCAUCUUAGCCUGCCGCUUUUUGGGUUAGCAUGCUUGCUAGCUGCGAGGGCAUCCGCAAAGUUGCCAGACAAGUAUGCUCCAAAACAGUUUUGA